AUGGACAGCAAGGUAAUCACAGAUGAGAUGACUCCCGAACAAGAGAAUGAGUCGCGAAUGGAGACAGUGUGCGGGAUCUCUUCCUGGAAAGAGACACAGCAACGACCAAACAACACCGUGACCACGGAAGAAUAUCCUCCGAAGAAAGUCAUCUUGCCUGCCAUGGCUGCAAUCUAUCUGGCUGUCUUCCUCGUUGCCUUGGACAGAACCAUAAUCGGCACUGCGAUCCCUGUCAUCACCAACCAGUUCAACAGUUUCGGAGAUGUCGCCUGGUAUGAAGCCGGUUUCCUCCUUCCCUUUUGCGCAUUGCAAUUAUCCUUCGGACGAGUUUACAAAUACUAUUCCACGAAAUGGAUACUCGUGGCUUUGGUUGCAAUCUUUGAGAUAGGAUCUGUGGUAUGCGCUGCUGCCCCUACCUCCAAUGCCCUCAUCGUCGGCCGAGUCGUUAGUGGCAUCGGCGCUGCGGGAAUUGCCUCCGGUUCCUUCAUGCUCAUCACACUUUUGUUGCCUUUGCAAAAGCGACCGAAAUACGCCGGCGGGCUAGGAGCUGUCUUUGGCGUGGCCUCCAUCCUUGGGCCAAUAGCAGGGGGAAACCUCACCCAAGUAUCGUGGCGGUGGUGCUUCUGGAUCAAUGCGGCCAUCGGCGGAGUCUCCUUGCUCCUACUCCUUCUCGUUCCUGAUCGAGCACCACCGGUCAAGCCUGCGACGACCUGGUGGGGUAAAAUCAGGCAACUGGAUCCUCUCGGCUUUGUGUUGAUCUCGUCAACUACCACCUGUCUGUUGUUUGCUCUCCAAUGGGGUGGUGUUCAAUAUGCCUGGAAUGAUGGUCGGAUCAUUGCCUUGUUCGUCAUCUCUGGUGUACUCGUUAUCAUUUUCAUCGCUGCCCAAGCUUGGAUGAAAAACGAUGCCACGGUUCCUUGGAAGGUUAUCUCCCAACGAAGUAUACUUGCUAGUUGCUUUGCGCAAGCGGGCAUCGGUCCGGUGCUUGUCGGCUAUGCCUUCUACCUGCCCAUCUGGUUCCAGGUCAUUCAGGGAGAGUCACCGCAAAGCUCAGGACUGUCGUUACUGCCUCUUCUUCUCAGCAAUGUCAUCGCCGUUAUGGUCGUUGGACUUGCCACGAGCAAGCUUGGGUACUACACACCAUUCAUGAUCGUCGGUGGUGUCGUUGUCAUCCUCGGCUCGGCUCUCAUAACCACUUGGACGGUGAAUGUCGGCGCAGGGAAGUGGAUAUCUUACCAGGUAUGUCAGGUUUGCUGUUCUUGUGAACGUACACUGAUUCUCACGAAGAUCGUCACCGGCUUUGGACUGGGCCUUGUCCUUCAAGGUCCGAAUGUUUCUGCUCAGACUGUCUUACCAGACAGCGAGGUCUCGAUUGGUUUAUCACUGUUGAACUUCAUCAGCCUUCUGGGGGGCUCCAUUUUCGUCACAGUGUCUCAGACACUGAUGCAAAACAAACUCCAACAGGGACUGAAGGACAUCCUACCUGGAGUCGACAUCCAGAACGUCACGAAUAGCGGUACCAUAUGGCUGAGAACUGCUGUGCCCUCGGAUAAGCUUCUGGCGGUACUCAGACUAUACAACGACUCAAUCCGGGCUAUCUGGUAUCUAUACGUUGGUCUUGCAUGUUUGAUUCUUCUUUCGUCGCUAGGUCUUGAGUGGAAAAACGUCAAGAGCCAGGAGCACAAACAAAAGGCGGGAGAUGAUCCUUAG